GAUCUCCUGGACGAGGCCGCGGCAGUCUGCAGGAAGUGAAGUUUCGUCCCCAGCAGAAAGCCCCGUACCAGAGAUCGCGGGGGGCCCCAGCACUCGGACCCCCGCGAUGUAUAACUUAUCCCCUAUCCCUCGGGUAGGGGAUAAGUUAUUUUGCACUAUAAAUGUCCUUUAAGAUUAAGGUGCAAAAAUGAUGAACACAAGAAGAAAAAGGCGAGGAACCGGGUAUAUGUUCUCCAGACCCUUCUGUAAACAUGGCGUUGUCCCUUUGGCAACAUACAUGCGCAUCUACAAGAAGGGCGAUAUUGUGGACAUUAAGGGUAUGGACACCAUUCAAAAAGGCAUGCCACAUAAGUGUUACCAUGGCAAGACUGGCCGGAUCUACAAUGUUACACAGCAUGCUGUGGGUAUCACUGUGAACAAACAGAUCAAGGGUAAGACCCUUGCUAAGAGAAUCAACGUUCGUGUGGAGCACAUUCGCCACUCCAAGAGCAGAGACAGCUUCCUGCAGCGUGUCAAGGAGAAUGAAAGGAAGAAAAAGGAAGCCAAGGAGAAUUGCACUUGGAUCAAACUGAAGCAUCAGCCAGCCCAACCAAGCAAAGCUCACUUUGUGUGCACUUAUAGAAAGGAACCUGAGCUCCUUGAGCCAGUUCCCUAUGAGUUUUUGGCAUGAAGUCACCAUUAAAACCUUGUUCUUUUUGGAACCCAAUGCGUGUCUGAUUCUGUGUUACAUUGUAUACCACUAAUUAUAAAUGAAAAUUACAUACUGUCCUAUAAGGGAAAAAAAAAAAAAAGCAAGACUACAUUUUGCCAAAAUGAACUUGAGUAAGCCAAAAUCCUUCUGGGAAAACGUCUUGUGGGCAGAUAAGACCAAGAGAGCUUUUUGGUAAAGCACAUCAUUCUACUGUUUACUGAAAACGGAAUGAGGCCUACAAAGGAGAGAACACAGUACCUACAGUGAAAUGAUGUUUUGGGGUUGUUUGCUGCCUCCGGCACUGGGUGCCUCGAAUGUGUGCAAGACAUCCUGAAAUCUGAGGAUUACCAAAUGAUUUUGGGUCGCACUGUACAGCCCAGUGUCAGAAAGCUGGGUUUGAGUCCGAGAUCUUGGGUCUUCCAGCAGGACAAUGACCCCAAACAUAUGUCAAAAAGUACCCAGAAAUGGAUGGAAACAAACUGCUGGAGAGUUCUGAAAUGGCCUGCAAUGAGUCCAGUUCUAAAUACCAUUGAACACCUGUGGACAGAUCUUAAAAUUGCUGUUGGGAAAAAGCGAGACCUGGACCAGUUUGCAAAGUAAGAGUGGUCCAACAUUCCGGCUCAGAGGUGUAAGAAGCUUAUUGAUGGUUAUAGGAAGCGACUCAUCUAAGUUAUUUUUUCCAAAAAGUGUGCAACUAAAUAUGAAGUUAAGGGUGCUAAUAAUUUUGUCCAGCCCAUUUUUGGAGUUUGGUAUGACAUGAUGUCCAAUUUGCUUUUUUUCCUC